CGGCAAGACGGGGAUGAGCACACAAUCACUCUUGUGAGGUCUUUAGCCUUUAGAGGGGCCACCAGAGCCUGAGCCCAACGUAAGGCCUGGACGCGAUGCACCCUAGCAGGCGCACCUUCCCUUUCCCCCUGAACUGUCAACUCGUGAGGGUUGGAACUGCUGAUUAUGGAGGUACAUCGGAUCAGAGUGAUCAGCAGCUGGAUUGUGCCUUGGAUUUAAUGAGGCGCCUGCCUCCACAGCAAAUCGAGAAAAACCUCAGCGACCUGAUUGACCUGGUCCCCAGCCUAUGUGAAGAUCUUCUCUCUUCUGUUGACCAGCCACUGAAAAUUGCCAGAGACAAAGUGGUGGGAAAGGAUUAUCUUUUGUGCGACUACAACAGAGAUGGGGACUCCUAUAGGUCACCAUGGAGUAAUAAGUAUGACCCUCCACUGGAAGAUGGAGCCAUGCCAUCUGCUCGGCUCAGGAAGCUGGAAGUGGAAGCCAACAAUGCCUUUGACCAGUAUCGAGACCUGUAUUUUGAAGGCGGCGUCUCAUCUGUCUACCUCUGGGAUCUGGAUCAUGGCUUUGCUGGAGUGAUCCUCAUAAAGAAGGCUGGGGAUGGAUCAAAGAAGAUCAAAGGCUGCUGGGAUUCCAUCCACGUGGUGGAAGUACAGGAGAAAUCCAGUGGACGUACCGCCCAUUACAAAUUAACCUCCACAGUGAUGCUGUGGCUACAAACCAACAAAUCUGGCUCUGGCACCAUGAACCUCGGCGGCAGCCUUACCAGACAGAUGGAGAAAGAUGAAACUGUGAGUGACUCCUCCCCACACAUAGCCAACAUCGGGCGCCUGGUAGAGGACAUGGAAAACAAAAUCAGAAGUACGCUGAAUGAGAUCUACUUCGGAAAAACAAAGGAUAUCGUCAAUGGGCUAAGGUCUGUGCAGACGUUCGCAGACAAAUCAAAACAAGAAGCUCUUAAGAACGACCUGGUGGAGGCUUUGAAGAGAAAGCAGCAAUGUUAAACCUCUGCUUCACGCUAACCGGACAUGCCAUGCACUCGUUAGAUUCCUUUCUUAGAAAACUCGUUUUCUGCUCCCUUUCCCCGUCCCUCUCUCCCCAACAGGUCACAUAACAACUUGCAUCAUCGACAGCACAGCGCCAUCUCCCUGAGAUUAAAGCCCCAUAAACACC